AUGCCUUUUGACGUUGAGGCGGCCACCGAGAAGGCGUUGAAUUGCCAACUCCUGGACAGUCGCACCACCAAAGCCCUCUGCGAGCGCCUACGAUUGGUCUUGGCCAAAGAGUGCAACGUCAAAGCGGUGCCGGCGCCGGUGACGGUGGUGGGCGAUGUCCAUGGCCAGGUCUUUGACCUUUUGGAACUCUUCCACAUCGGUGGACCGGUGCCACAUACCAACUACCUCUUCCUGGGGGAUUAUGUGGACCGCGGCCCCUUCUCCGUGGAGACCAUCAUGUUGCUGGCACUGCUGAAGCUUAGCCAUCCCGAACGUAUCACGUUGCUCCGAGGAAAUCAUGAAAGCCGACAAAUUACCCAGGUGUAUGGCUUCUAUGCAGAGUGCGUGCGGAAGUAUGGGGAUGCCACAGCCGGGCAGCCCAAAAGCUGCAGAACUCUGCAGAAUCAUUUGGGGAUGGCUAUCCACCAACAUCAAUUGGAAUAG